AGUCGCUUUGUCUGUCAUCUUGUAACCUUGUGGAAGUCUGAAGCUAAAAUAGACUGAAUCUACAAAGACAAGACUAUCAUUCAAAUACAGGAAGUACCGAAAGAACGAUUUAAAGGCUCUACAUUUCUACCCAAGACACCGUGUUUCCAUGGAGACAGUGUCAUCUCGUGGCCUGAAGCGCAGAUUCGAGGAGGUGGACAGCGGCUCGCCGUGUUCCACACCCAAAGAUUCGGACGAUGACAUCUCCAGCAGUGACAGCGCAGAUAGCUGCGACAGUCUCAACGCUCCCUCCAGCUCUCUCACGCCCCCUUCCAUUCUCAGAAGACACAAAGCCUCUUUAGGUCGUAAGCAGGUACGCUUCGACGCAGUGACAGUCUACUACUUUUCCAGAAGGCAGGGCUUCACCAGUGUGCCCAGUCAGGGUGGCAGCUCUCUGGGCAUGGCGCGCCAUCACUGCGCCAUACGCCAUUACACCCUGGGCGAAUUUGCUCGAGAACAAGAAAGCGGCCAUAAACACGUGCUGCGUCAGCACCUACGGCAAGAAAAGCUCAACGCACGCAAGUUAAAGCUUACACGAAAUGGAACUGUAGAGUGCCCAGAGGCUGAGUUGCUUACCCUGGACGACAUAUCUGAUGAAGAUCUGGACGUGGAGAGUGUGGAGGUGGAUGACUGCUUCUUCCUUCAGCCUCUCCCCACCAAGAGGCGUCGGGCACUACUGAGGGCCUCAGGCAUUGCACGCAUUGAUGCCAGAGAAAAGGCUGAGCUGCGUGCCAUACGUCUGUCCCGCGAUGAGUGUGGUUGUGACUGCCGCUUCUACUGCGACCCUCGGCACUGUGGCUGCAGCCAGGCUGGAAUUAAAUGCCAGGUGGAUCGAAUGUCCUUCCCAUGUGGCUGCACCCGUGAUGGUUGUGGUAACAGCGCCGGCCGCAUUGAGUUCAACCCUCUGCGUGUGCGUACACACUAUCUCCACACUAUUAUGAAACUUGAUCAUGAGAAGAGAAGCUUGAUGGGGGUUAGGUCUACAGAAGACUGCGGAGUUGAGACCGAGCUAGUCUCCUCGCCAUCUCUGUCUCUUUCUCCCUUGGACUCAGAUGUGGAAGUGGAGACCCACAGUAUUCAGGAGCUUCACAAGGAGCAGUGUGAAAGUCUGGAACGUGAGAAUGAAACUGCUGUGCUACACCUCCAGAGUGCAGAGGAACUGGAGAGGAGACGGGAGCAGGAGGAGCAGCAGGUAGACGAGGCGCAGACCGCUGAUCCAACCCUUUGUCUCCUGCAAGGGGCCUUGACCAGCCAGGCUGGGAUGGAGGCCAUGGAGGGUGUUCUUCUAGAAGGGCCUUUUCCUGAAGGUGCAACCCUGCUUUGUAUUACAGAAAACCAUGCAGAUGAACAGACCCAGCAGAGGUUGCUCAAAGACCCAGCUUCUGUCCUCUACUAUCAGGUAGGCCCCGUGGAGACAGCAGCCUUUGAGACUCUUCCUGCUGAAGAUGAGGAAGUGGUCAGCAAGGUUGGAGAGCCAGAGACGGAGACUGAGGGUGAUCGGCAAAAACAAGGAACCUGCGGGCAGGAUUUGGCUGAAAGCUUGUCUGCUGAAGUACCUCCACCUCCAGAGAUGAACCCACUUGGGGAUGAAAAACAUCUUUGUCCAGAACAGGCCUCGAAUAGCGAGGAAUGCCUCGAGACCUGCCUGGCACUUGAUGAAGAGGCAGUUCAGCUUCCUCCAGAAGUGUAGAGCCCAUCACCUUUGCAGAUGUUUUGCACAAGUUAGUCAUUCAAUUCAAAGAGAGCCUACUCCACACAGUGGGAUAUGUUACAAGAUUGCAUAACAUUAAUUACAGUAAAUGUUAAAGAAACAACUUACCUACCAGAUUUAGUCGGCGAUAAGCAUGUGCUGUGUUUGAGGUAGGUUGUCCAUGGUAAAAUAAAUUAUUAAAUAGAAUUCUAUUCUAUAAAAAUAAAAUAAUUUAUUUAAAGUAAUGAAAAAAGGAACUCAAGAAAAGGGGAGAUCCUGAUUUGACAACAGUUGUUGUUGUUUUCCAAAAUAGUAUUGGUUUAUAAUUUGAUACUGGCGGAAAAUGUGGCCUUUCUUUUGAGGAACAAGCAUUUUCAGGAUUAUCCAGUGGCUUCUUAUUGCCUUUCAAGUUUGUAGUUUCCUGUAAAGCACCCCAACAAUUAAUUAGCACUGUCUGAAGUGUAGGCCAACUGUAGGCCCCCAGGAAUCUGUGCCAGCAGAAUUCUGCAGAAUUCGAAAACCCAUAAAAUUUUUGCCUGUUCAUUUAUUAAAAUUUUGGGCUAAUUUGAUUAUGCUGUCUGCAGGGUUGCCAACUUUUCACCACGUGAAUACAGGACACUUGAGCAUUUUAAGCUCUUCAAUAAGAGACACAAUGCCUUCAAAACAGGACGUUUCCCCAUGUGACUGGAGUCUCGCUGCUAAAAUAUGAGACAGUAUGCAUCCCGUAUGGGCAUCUUCAUUUUGGGCCAAAUACGGGACAUACCGGCUAAUACGGUUGGCAACCCUAGCUGUCUGCUACCAAUCAAGAGUGUUGAACACAUUAAUCUAAGUUUAACACAUUUUACCAUGUAUAAAUCUAUUCCACAGAAUUCUGUAUGUUGACCCUUAAAAUCAGCACAGAAAAUGCAAAAAAUUCAACAGAUUUCGUCUGGGCCUGACUAAAUGCUUAGUAAAAUGCAUAUAGAUAAUGCUAACCCAGUGCUAGCACAAAGAAAAUGGGGUUGCUAGUGUUUAGAAGAGGGUGUUAAUGUGUAGCAUCCCUUCCUGUUAAUAGACCUAACAAUCCUGGAAAUACUUGGUUUUCAUGUACUGUACAAGUGUUUUGCUAAGAGCUAGCAUGAAGAUGAGUGAAAAAGCUGCUUGUUCUCCGUAUGCACGUUGAAAACUUGAUUCAUUAGAAAUUAUUGAGGCAGUUCAGGAGAAUGAAUGAAUGUGCAAGCCAUUUGCACAGCAGUUAUUUACUGAUUUAUCGUAGUCUUGACCUAAUGCCGUUCAAAGCCGAAGCCUGCCGUCCUGGUUCGCAGACAUUUAUUUAUUUACCACCACUUUGUAUUGUCAUCUACAAUCAUUUGAAAAAAUUUUUUUUUUUUUUUUUUUUUUACAUUGUAUUCGUAUUUCGGGGGUUGAAUAUAAUUUUUCACAUUUUAUUGCACAUCAAGCCUUUAAAGAUUACAUAAGAGAUCUUUGCAUUGUAAUUUUAAUUUGGGUUGAAUGUGAAAACAAUAGGUGAAUCUCAUGAAACCUGCCAUAUGUCCUGGUCAUAUUGUAUAUCAAAAGUCAAGUAAUUUUUAUUUGUAUAGCGCUUUUCACAACACACAUCGUUUCAAAGCAGCUUUACAGAAAUUCAUGCAUUAACAGAAAAUGAAACUGUAAUUUCUAUAAAGUCUUAGAGUCAUCAUUGUGUAGUUUGAUUAAACAUGAUUGUAAAUUGUGGAUAAAAAUAAAUAAAUAAUAAUUGUAUUUAGAACCCCAGUGUUCUAAAUACAAUUAGAAGAUGACUGUGGCAAGGAACACAAAACUCCAUUAAAUGUUGGGUAAUGGAGAAAAAUAACCUUGGGAGAAACCAGGCUCACUGUGGGGGCCAGUUCCCCUCUGGCUAAACAGCAUGAAUAUAAUGUCAGUAUUAGUUAUUUGUGUGUCAUGCAAGUCAUGGUUUAAAAGUAGUAAACUAAGUAAGUGUUAAGGGCCAGUGUUUAAACAAAGAUUUUGUAUGAACUGUAAGAUUAAUGACUAAUGUCUUUGAAGUCCAUCCCGGAUUAACUGCAGAAGUUCACAAAAAUGCAUUGUCCUUUGUCAGUUGGCUGAUGACGGCUUUUGUUGGCAAUUAAUUGAUAGUCUAUGUAUUCAAUUUUAAGAGUGUAGUCCAUCAUUAGACCAAGGUGAUGCAGGCAGAGAUCAGUGAGGUGCAUCGCAGUUCAACCGGCAGGUCAUUUCGGUGAGGUCUAUCCUAAGUCCAAGGUUCAGGCAGUAGCAUAUGACGUAUCCCAUGUCUUAUGGUUGGAGUUGGUAUCAGAUCAUCCUCUGAAGUCUAUCGUAACAGACUGAAAUGAUGUCUGUCUGGCAUUGGCUGCAUUUAGUCAUCAUCACUCAGAGACACGUAGCAGUUGAGUCCGACACCAAGCAGGAACGGAGCUGGAUCUGGCUGGCUCUGGUAACCUUGAGAUAUGAAUCCCAAGGUUGAGACAGGGAAACAAAUAGAACAAUAUUAGCGUAGAUGCCAUUCAUUUUUAUGCAGAAUUAUAGAUCAUGAUAGAUGUUUCUGGUUCUGGCAGACCUAACUAAAGCAGCCUAAUUGUGAGUUGAUGGAUAAAUUAGGUGUAUGCCUGGCCAAAUAGAUGUGUCUUUAGUCUAGACUUAACUGAGUGAGUGUGUCUGCAUCCCGAACAGUGUUAGGCAGACUAUUCCAUAGUUUAGGAGCCAGAUUGGAAAAGGAUCUACCUCCUUUUUUGGAUUUUGAUAUCCCUGUGGCACUCCAUACUUAACUUUUGUUUGAUUUGACAUUUCCUCAUUUACACAGACAAAGUGGUAGUGGUCUGCUAAAUAGGACCUAAACCAUGCUAAUGCGUCCACAAAUGCCAACAUAAUUCUGCAGCCUAUUCAAGAGAAUGUCAUGAUCUGUGGUGUUGAAGGCAGCACUAAGAUCUAAAAGCACUCAAAGAGAAAUGCAGCCACAAUCAGAUAUAUAAGAGCAAGUCAUUUGUAACGCUGAUAAGUGCAGUCUCUGUACUGUGAUGGGGCCUAAAUCCUGACUGAAAUUGUUCAUAUAUACUAUUUCUCUGUAGAAAUGAACAUAGUUGGGAGGACACUACCUUUUCUAGUGUUUUUGACAUAAACGGGAGAUUUGAAAUCAGUCUAUAAUUAACCAAUUUUCCAGGAUCAAGCUGUGGCUUCUUAAUAAGUGGUUCAAAAACUGCCAUUUUAAAGUUUCUUGGGACAUGUCCUAAGGAUAGUGAGGAGUUAAUAAUAAUAAGAUGUUCUGAGAUUACAGGGAAUAUCUCUUUUAAGAUCUUAUUUGGUAUUGGAUCUAACAUGCAUGUUGUGGCUUUUGAUGUUUUGAUAAGUUUUGUUAGCUCUUCAUGACCUAUGACAGCAAAGGAUUGAAGUUGCUCAUGAGGAAAAUUAUGAGACACUGUUUUCUGAGGUACUGUGACCGACGAUUGCAUAAUUCCAAAUGUAUUUUUGAUGAUUUCAAUUUUAUCAGUAAAGAAAUUCAUGAAGUCAUUACUAUUGUACUGCGACAGAAUAUCUGGUUCUGUUGAGGCUUUAUUCCUAACCAAUUUAGCCAAAGUACUGAGUAAACACCUAGGAUUGUUGUGGUUAUUUUCUAUGAGUUUGCUAAAAUAUGCUGACCUGGAAGCUUUUAGUGCCUUUCUGUAGCUACAGACACUAUCCUUCCAUGCACUGCAAAAUACCUCUAAUUUUGUAUUCUUCCACUUGCGCUCCAUUUUUCAAGCUGCUCUCUUGAGAGCAUGAGUGUGAUCAUUGUACCAUGGUGCAGGGAUUUUUUUUUUUAAUCGAAGGGGGCGACACUAUCAAGAGUGCUAGAGAAGACUGUAUUUAUAUUUUCUGUUAUUACAUCUAGUGUUGGGUAACGUUACUUUUAAAAGUAACUCGUUAGAAUAUUGCGUUACUCCUUAAAAAAGUAACUAAAUUAAUUAAAAAGUUACUUUUUAUGGAAAGUAAAGCAUUACGUUACUUUUCCGUUACUUUUGUCUCACUGCCACUCUCUCUUCUGCUGUACAUUCAAUACAAAUACAAGACAUAUGUAGAGACAUUACAGUUCAUGCUAGCUACUCUACAAUGCUCAUGUUAAAACAACAUACUAAACAAACAGAUAUUUAGAAAGUCUACAAUCAGUAGGUCUUCACAUCAUAUUUAUAAUAAAGACUCAAAUACUGGAAUAUGCAUGAUUUGUUUUUCCAUCGACAUGGCAGCCAACAUGAAUAAUGAAGAAUAACCACUGUCUUACCUAAAGCAGCAAAGUCAAACACUUGAACCUGCAUCAUAUAUGUCAUCAUGUGCUGUGCCCAUCGACAAUGCCAGAGUCAAAUUGAGAUGUUUUUCAGAAGUCAGGAUAAAAUUCAGUGGGGAAAUGCCAGUCAAACAUGUUCAAGGAAUAAGUCUGAUGAAUAAAUGAAUAUUUUUCACAUAAGUCAUCUCAGUGCACGCUUGUUUUGAGCUGACCACGGUGCGUACAGACGCAUACAAUUGCAUACAAUUGCAAAUGCGCAUGUUAAUACAACUUGAAUGCAAUCAUUUUUAAUGCUACCAAAAUGUCUUCAAAACUUUGUUUCACGAGUCAAAUUACUUGUUUAUUAUAUAAAUGUUUUUAGAAUAUUUUAAGAAAUUAAGACAUUUUCUCUGCGUACACAAUCGAUGUAGAAUGUUGCUUGCAGCUGCUGAUCCAGAGUCAGCUUUUCUCAUCCCAUUCUCCCAGUUACAGGGAGCUCUAAUACGGAGCAGUUUGGCUGUAUAAGUCAGUGAAUUAAGCAAGUAUUUCACCCUGUAUAUCACGCCGUGGCCAAUGGAAGGCUAGCUUAUAAUCCCUCUGCCUAAACGCUUUACUGAUUUUUUUUUAAUGCAGCAUGUAUUUACACAUGAAUCAAUCACGUUUCACUAGACCGAAUGUUGAAUGUUAAAUGCUUUAGCACAGAGCAGUUCGGAUGCAAACUGAUCCUAGAGAAGUAGUUACGGGCAGCUUUAAAACAAAGAAGUUCAGAUGCACAAACAGUCAGCGAUCAUUCCACGUUGUGUGUAUCUGUAUAAUCAUGCCAUGGUCACGGGAAGACUUCUCCGGGCUAAUGCCUGUGCUAUAUUAUACGAAAAUGUGUGUUUACACAUUUUUAAAUGCAGCCUACAUGAAUCAAUCGCGAGAAUCAAUGUAUCACUCACCCAAAUGUUACAUUUUUGGCAAAAUGUUGCCUUAUGAGAACACAUUUCUUAACUCUUGCUGUGAUUGUCAUGACAGUGGUAAAAUUUAUGAUGGCUGCUCAUUUAAGCUCCAGUGCACAAAAAUGAUGAGUACAACUGGAUUCCACUGAAGCAUUCAGAUUUACAUUCCUUUACCAGCAAUAUUUAGCCAUUUUUAAAACAAAUCUCAGGGUGGGCUAAAAGAAGACUUGUUUUGUUCUGCCCAUCGCUGAUAAGCAUGGCUCAUACUCUCUAGAACUACAAUGUCCAUCAUGCGCACACAUACUACAACUUCAUUGAACAUCUCUAGUAAGCCUCCUACUCUCUAGAACUACAAUGCCCAUCAUGCCCCUCCUCGAAGUUUGCACACUUUUACUCCUGAUUUAUCACAAUACGGGGAAAGGAGAGGUGUACAAAAGCAAUGCGUUACUUAUUUAAAAAAUAACUAUUGCAUUAUUUUACUCGUUACUCGAAAAAAGUAAUCUGAUUAUGUAACGCACAUUACUUUUAUCGCGUUACCCCCCACACUGAUUACAUCAAGUUCUUCUAGACUUUUUGGCUUACUGAGUGUGAGAUAAAUCUGGAAGAUUAUUAGUGAAGCUAUCUUUAGUGGUCGAAAGAAUUACAAAAUCAGUCUAUCUUUACAAAAUCAAAAGAAAGAAAUUAUAUUUAAAGAAAAUGAGUGGUAAUUAACUAUAGUCUUUGAAAAAUACCCAAAGUAACCGACCCCAUCCCCCCCCCUCCCCAGACACAACUUUUCAUUACUGUAAUGCGAAACAAAGCAUACAUUAUUUACAUUUUAAAGCAUUUAUAAAUCAUGGUAGUAUUUGUUGUUGUAGUAUUAUUUGUUACUGCCUUUAACUUAUGCUUAUUAUCAAAAGAAAAACAUUUUAUUACAGUAUUGAUAAUCUUCAUUCAGAAUAAUUAGAAUUUAAAUCACAUUAUGGUGAAAAGAAUUUAUUGGGAAAUGUGCUUAAUUGGCAAAAAUAAUCCUAAAAAUAGGCUUCAUUUUCUUUAUGCAAAAUAUUUUUUCUUUGAUUUUUAUUUGAAAUGUGAACUGGACAUAUGCUCGAGAGAUUCAUCUGUAUGUCUUCACAAUUUCUAAACCCAGUACUUAAAAUUCUAAGGUGAUCUUUAUACAUCAUGAAUAUGUAUGACAAGUCAAGUCAGACUAGGGGGAGACUGUAUAUCAUAAUGUUGAUUUGCACAUGGACCCCGUUUGACUGCUUUGUCACUCUGGGCCUAGAUUUAACAGAUUAUAAAUUCCUGACAACAGUACACCUUGUUUUAAAUGUCCAAAACCCUUGUUUAAACCCUUUGAAAACCAUCUUCCUCACCCCUACUUUUCUUACCUUUUCUGUUUUAAUCCUUAACCCCUUCUCCAUCCCUCUUAUUUUAGAAUAUGAAUUAUUUUGUGGCAGUUUUUACCUAGAUGCUUUCUAAGUUGUUUUGGUUCACUUUAAGUGUUAGUUAAAUGCAUAAAGAAUUAAUCUGAACUGUUACAUGAAAGGAAAAAAAUAGUGUCUUCAAAUAGUAUAACAAAUUCUGUGAUGUUGCUAAAUUAUUUAAACUUAAGAAAAUUGUCUUUUUGCAAUGUGUGUGUAUGCGUGUGUAUGUGUGUUUGUGCGUGUGCCAGAAAGAUAUGAGAUGAACCAAUAUUUGUAAGUGCAGUUUUGGAUCAUCAUAUUUCAAAAGGUGCUCUUAUUUUUAGUUUUUACAUAUUCAUACUAACACUAUAUGUAAAGAUGUAUAUGUAGAGAGAGAAAAAAAAUUCAGAUGAUCAUCAAAGAAACUGAGAUGAGCUCUCGUUGACAUUUAAUGAUACAGUUCCAUUUUAGCUCUGCAAACUGUUGUAAAUGCAAAUAUUCCAAUUAUCUAUCUGCUUCGGGUUUGCUUGACCGUUAGUCAUGGGUAAUGGUGAUGUUUCUUUGUUAAAUUAGUUAAAAUGGAGCACAUGAGGCUAAUCACGAUUUCUUUAGCAUGGGUUUCCCCUCUUAUGGGUUUCAGACUUUGUUAAGCUCCAAGCAUUAAGUUUGUAAAUUCAUACUAAAUCUGCAAUAAUUAAACUUUUUGCAAAUGACCAAUCAAGCUAGAAGGAUUUUUAUUUUAUAUGGUUACUAUGUUAAUACUUAUGUUUUUUUUGUUUUUUUGUUUUUUUUUUUACUUUGAUUUUGCUUCAUUGUUUGUUAGCAUGUCUCUUCGUCUGAGUUUACUGAAUGAUAUUAAUGUACUGGCUCCAUGUGUGUGCUUUUUGUCAGUUCUUUGUGUUGGAUACGUGGAAAUAAAUAUGCCACUACACAUUCCUGCACUCAAAUGAGUUUUGUCUAUAGCAGCGUCUAGACUGAAAACUGACGGAUCCCAAACAUUGGUGGUCUAAGAGCCUGCUAUGAACCAAAACAUGGUUAACAGUGUCAGACUUGUUUUUUGACCUUUGAUCAUUGUCUUGAUGUACUGUACGUAAAAACUUACACUAAUCCAGUUGUCUAAAACCUGAUGGCUUUGAAAAGGAGGUUUAAACAUCAUAUGUGCUUAAUGUUCCUGUAGCUGAAGCUCUAAGUAUUGAUUAUUUUGUCUGAUGUGAUUUUUGAUUUUCAGUGCCACCUCCUUUUUGGCAUACACAGAUUCAAAACCACUACAGUAACUGAAAUCCACUCCACAUUAUGAUUAUAUGUGCUUAUGUUUGUGUGUGUAUGUGAGUGUGUAUGUGUGUUAGAGGUGCUUUAUUAAUAAGGCUGAGUGGAGUUCUAUGCUGUAAGAGUGACUUAUGCUAACUGUUGCCUACAGAGGAGACAAAACAUAAAAAAAUGUGAGUGAAAUAAAAUCUAAAAUAAAAUAAAAAAUGUC